AUGGCGCCCAAAGCAGCCGUCUCACCAGCACCACCAGCCACCAAGUCUGAGUCGGAUCCUUUUCUCUAUGUCUUACGGGCUAUGUGCAUAUUGGAGCUGGCCGCCAUCUAUUCAUCUUUGUCACAGCUCACUCUGGCUCCUGUCUAUGGAUCAAUCCCCUCAUCCGUCUUCCACGAUGAGAUUACCUCCGUCAUUGUCCUUUUGUCCCUCACCAGGACCAAUUUUCUUUCGCGCUACAUGCCAGCUAAAGUCGAGUACUAUAUUCCCAUCUUGGCCUCGAGCAUUCCCAUGAUCCAAUCCUACUUGUUCAAAUAUAGCACCAAGCUUGGUGUGGAAUCCGGACCUCUUCUCACUGAAGGCCUUACUUACUACCCUCUGCUACUGAUGAGUACUUAUUCAGCAGCUCGUAUACUCCUGGACGCAAAGAUUGACCAAUACCUGCACGCUGCUAUGGGCUCUACCAUACUUGGCCUCUCCACCUACGGCUUCUUCGUGCUGGUUCGUUCUAAAUCCAAUCUGUUGAUUUCUCAAUUCUUUGCACUUUCUGCUACAUUCACCAGAGUUAGCCUUCAAUGCGUUAUCGGUGCCUUGUUCACCAUCUUGUCGCCAUCAAAAUUGAGCCUCCUUGCCAUACCUGCCAUGAUUCAUACCACAUGGUUCAACCCGCACUUCGUCUCACCACACACGGACGUCUUAGCCAAUUCGACCCUUCAAGCAAAUCAGUGGAACCUCCUGGAGCGUGCCGAGUCUAACACUGGCUAUAUCUCAGUCUUGGACAACCUAGAUGCUGGUUAUCGAGUCCUCAGGUGUGAUCAUUCCCUUCUGGGUGGAGAGUGGUUGAUUACAGACGAGAGAAGGAGACAAGGCAUAACUACCUCUGAACCGAUCUACUCAGUCUUUGAGAUCCUGGAGGCUGUCCGCUUAGUCGAGACUUCUACCAGCAGCGCUCCGGACAACGAAAAGAGUAUUGGUACAGCACCUAAGGCUCUUAUUGCCCAUGGUAUCGACACCACAGUCGUCGAACUAGACCCUAAGGUUCACGAAUAUGCGACGAAGUAUUUUGACUUACCUUCCAAUCACAUCGCUGUAUUGGAGGAUGCCGUGUCUUGGGUUCAGAAUGCAUCCACAAGUGCUACCAAGCAGUACGACUACAUCAUUCACGACGUCUUUACUGGUGGCGCUGAACCCCUUCCCUUAUUCACGAACCGUUUCCUCGGCAACCUACGCUCUCUCCUCAAACCUGAUGGUGUCGUUGCUGUCAAUUACGCUGGCGAUCUUGCCGACUCUUCUACAAAGCAAAUCAUCAAUACCAUCAAUCUGGCAUUUGAUCGUCAAUGUCGCAUGUUUCGCGAUACCGAACCAUCCUCCGAGCAAUCGUCCGAGACAGAAGCCACUGAUUUCCUCAACAUGGUCAUUUUCUGCAAGAACACUGUUGACGGCAAGCUGGAGUUCCGUGCGCCUGAAGAACUCGAGUUGAAGUUCCCUACCGAGGAAGAAAUGCAAGAGGAAUCAGUUCAGACAUUGACUGUGGACAACCUUGCCGAAUUUGAGAAGAAGCAGAUCGACUCUGCCAAAAAACACUGGAAGAUAAUGAGGCUGGUCGUACCGGAUUUUGUUUGGGAGCUCUGGUGA